GAAAAAAGUAUAAUAUGUUUUACAUAUCUGGGAAUAUUACAAAACUCAAUUUAAUACCUCUUAUAUCCUUUCUAUAACAGGGUUUUGUAAGGGGUUAAAAUGUAGCACAAAUUACUUUCUGGCAAGAAAGUACCCUGUGUUCAUCUCAAAGCACUUCCUCUUCCAAGAAAUGUCAAUUAAUCCUGUUAUUAAAACUCUGAUUCAAAGCAAGCAGAGAAGGAGCUUUGAGGAAACAUAUGUUGACUAACUGUCUUCCAGAAACUACCAAUCUAUGCCAAAAACUGCCUUUGAGACCUAAAAAAAGUUAUAGAACCAUAAACUACCUGGAGUUAAUAAUAAAACUGGGACUAGAAUUCAAGCUUUCCAACUGUCACCAAAACAAAUUGUCAUGGAAUUCUUGGGACAAUGUACAUACACUAAAUUUUUCAAAGUUCUGAAUUAUUUCUUUUGCCUCCUCAUUUUACUACAUGACUAUCGAUGACAUCAUUAAGGCUGAGCUUGUGAAAUUAAAUGAAAAGCUUUUUGUUUUAAGUCUGUACCAGAACACAGAAAAACAUCUCCCUGGUCAGUUCCCUUAAAAUUACAAACAGCUAACAGAGCACAUCGAAUCUGUUCCAUAUCUUUGGCAUUUCCUUUUAGAUUGAAGUCAGAAGCAGAAACCUCCAGAAUUUUCCAUCUCAAAAUAAAUGAACACCUUUCAGAACAAUACAAGCUACUGUGUGGACAGAAAAGAGCUCUGGGAUAUGCUGUACAGGGUUCUGCCAACAUCAAUCAUUGUCAUCUGUUGUUUGGGUUUACUAGGGAAUAUAUUUGCCCUGUUCGUCUUCCUCUUGUCCAGAAGACGCCUAACUGUGGCAGAAAUUUACUUGACUAACCUAUCAGCAUCUGACUUGGUAUUUGUCAUGGGCUUGCCCUUUUGGGCAGAAAAUAUUCGGGAGCAGUUCAAUUGGCCAUUUAGCCAUGUUCUUUGCUACGUCAUCAAUGGAGCCACCAAGGCCAACUUGUUCAUAAGCAUCUUUUUGGUGGUGGCCAUCAGCAGGGACCGGUAUAUGGCUCUAGUCCACACCAUGAGCAGCCAGAUGCAACGUAGCCAGCGACAAGCCCAAAUCAUUUGUGCUUUCAUCUGGUUCUUGGGUGGCCUCCUAAGCAUCCCCACUUUUCUAUUUCGAUCAGUAGAAACUGUCCCAAAUCUGAACAUUUCUUCCUGUAUACUUCAGUUUCCCCAUGAAAUAUGGUUAUCUAUCAAGGUUAUUAAGAUGAGCAUGGUAGGCUUCAUCCUCCCCCUUGUUGCCAUCAUCUUCUUUAGCUCUCAUAUGAUCAUCUCCUUGAGAAGUCGGACCAAUACCAACCUAAAGAGAACAGGAAAGAUAAACAAUACUAAAGCCACCAGUCUCAUCCUUACCAUAGUGACUGUUUUUAUAAUAUGCUGGACUCCAUACCAUUGCUUUGCUGUGCUGGAAUACCUCUUCUGGUUGAAAGCUGUCCAGGGCUGCUUCUGGGAAGAAUUCAUUGAUCUGGGCUUGAUAUGUUCCACUUUCUUUGCCUUCCUCAACAGUUGCCUGAAUCCUGUGAUUUACUUCUUUGUGGGAAAGCUUUUCAGGGCCAGAGUUUGGGAAGUUUAUAAGCAAUGCAUUACCAGAUGUUCUACACUGAUGUAUCCUUAGGAUAAGGGGGAAAGAUCUGCUUUUAUUUGGGCCAUUAAAACAUUAGGAGAACUGUUGUUGGAUUCUCAUUUUUGUAUUUUAUCUUCUCUACAUUGCAAAGAGGGUUCCUGCUGGG